AUGGCGGCGGCCGGCGAGGAGCCGGAGGCGGCCGAGUGGGCGCUGCCGGCCGAGGUGGAGGUGCUGGAGUCCAUCUACCUGGAGGAGCUGCGGGUGGCGCGCGGCGGCAGCAGGUGCGAGCCCUGGGAGCUGCGCAUCACGCUGCACCCGGCCACGGGCCAGGACGAGGGCCUGCAGUUCGUGCGCUUCACGCUGGUGCUGUCGGUGCCGCCGCAGUACCCCCACGAGGCGCCCGGCAUCGCCAUCCGCAACCCGCGCGGGCUCUCCGACGAGCAGAUCCAGAAGAUUGCGCAGACGCUGGGACGCGUUGCUGAAGCCAGGCUGGGGACAGAGGUGCUCUAUGAACUGAUUGAGAAGGGCAAGGAGAUUCUCACUGACAACAACAUUCCCCAUGGCCAGUGCGUGAUUUGCCUCUACGGAUUCCAGGAGAGAGAAGCCUUCACAAAGACCCAGUGCUACCACUACUUCCACUCCCACUGCCUGGCCCGCUAUGCCCAGCACAUGGAAGAGGAGGUCCUCAUGCAGCAGGAGGAGAGAGACCAGCACCUGGCACCUUCCCCAGAACAGGCAGCCGGAGUGCAGUGCCCCGUGUGCCGGGAACCCCUCGUCCUGGACCUCGGCGCCCUGAAGGCAGCGCCRCCUCCGCAGCAGCCGCUGGAGCCCUACAGGCCGGACGCCAGGACCCUGCAGCACCAAGAGGAACUGCGCUUAAUCUUCAAGAGGCAGCAGGAGAGGGGCGGCAUUAUCGACCCUGAAGCAGAGAGGAACCGGUUCUUCAUCAGCCUGCAGGCGCCUCCCUCUGCUGCUGAGCCGGGUGAAGCAGCCCCUGCUUCCGAGCCGCCGCAAUCUGCAAGUGCUGUGGAUUCAUCUCUGGCACCGCAUCAGCCCGUGGCUCCAGAGCCAGCCGGGCCUCCAGAGGCCAGGGAAGAGGCCAGGCAGCCAGAGAGACCGGCUGUGUCCAGGGAGCCACAGAGCAAGCGAGAGAGGCCCAGAGGCGAGAGGCUGGGGCUCCGGGGCCGGGGCAGGCAGCCGUGCAGCGACGUGCAGGGAGCCGCAGAGGAGCCCUGCCAUCCGCCCCACGGCRCCCGGGGCCACAGGGGCUUCGGCCGCAGAUCCGAGCGGAGGGAAGAGAGGAGCCAAAGAGCUGGUGGGAGGCACAGCCAAGAGUUCCCGAAACCUCCCGGCAGAAACCGGGCUGCAGCCCUGGCUGAAAGGAAGGAGCUGCGCCCUGAAGACCCCUCACCAGUAACCGGGAUGUUGGACUUGAAGGAGGAUUUUCCUGACGUGAGGAGAUGGACCCCGGAGCAGGGGGCUGAGGAGCGGUGCGAUGAGGAGAACCCAGCGCUCGGCCGCAGAGAAGCGCCCGGCUGGCAGGGCCACCCCAGGCCCUGGGAUUGCGGCAGGUGGGAGAGGUCCCGGGUGCAGGAGCGCGGCGCCUACCCCAGGGCACCCAGAGGUCGGGGGGCGCUCAGGCCCGGGGCGCGCCGAGAGGCCCAUGCCCUGGAAAAGGAGAGCGGCUCCUAG